AGUUAGAAUGUUAUCAUUAAAUAUAGUUUUCGUUAUCAUUCAUUUUUUGUCUCAUAAUAUAUAUGGAUACAUUUCAGAGAAAAGCUUUGCUUCAGAUAUGGACCCAAGCGCUGUUGGGGAGAACCUUUGCGGGAGUCAACCGUAUCAUCCUGAGACACAGAUGUGCUGCCAGUGGUCGGUGACCCCUAGAGUAGCCGGAUCACGUACCAAAUGUUGUGGCACCAUGUCCUAUGAUCCAGAAAAGGAAAUAUGCUGCGCCAACGACCACACCUCCCAUAUGAUAGCGGGUGAAAACACGGAAUGCUGUGGCCUGGAAGCCUACGAUCCGAACAAAUCAAUUUGUUGCGGUCAUGAUAUUCGACCACUUGUUGCUGGAAAAAAUACUCAUUGCUGCGGACACGAAAGUUAUGAUCCUAUGAAAAGACUCUGUUGCCAAGGAAUGUUGUUUCCCCCACAUAUCCAUUCCAUGUGCUAUUACUGUGACAACGAUGGUCAUGAAGUGGCAAAUUUUGAUACCAACAUAAACGCUUGUUGUAAUGGAAAACUGGUACCAGCCGUGGCGGGAAAUAUCACGUGCUGCUGCAAAGGCGACCCGUUCGACCCAAAACAAGAAAUCUGUUGCGACGAGGUUCUUCAAAAAAGAAAUGGCGGCGAAGUGUCACAAUGUUGUGGAAAAAACAAUUUAGAUCCACGUACUCGGAUAUGUUGCAAUGGUGAGGUACAACCGAUAAAGAAGAAAAUAACUAGAUGUUGCAAAAAGAGAAGUUAUGACCCGGAUUUACAGAUCUGUUGCGAUGGUACCAUGCUCUUGAACAAAACUGAAUAUAAAGACACAUGUUGUUGUGGGAAUAGUUCUUACAAUACUGACAAAGCUAUAUGUUGCCACGGCAACAUAGAGCCAAAAUACAAAAGAGGGACACAGUGCUGCGGAACAAAGAGUUUUGAUUCUACAAAAAUGUUGUGCUGUGAUGGCGUUAUACAAGCAUUAGGCAGGAAAAAGGCAGUGACGAGAUGUUGUGGAAGGCGGAGCUACGAUAGUAGAAAGCAACUGUGCUGUCACGGGAAUCUCGUGAAUAAGACGAGCAAAAGAGAUCUCGGGUGUUGUGGACACGGAACGUAUGAUCCAAGAACUCAAGUAUGCUGCAAAGGAAAACGAGGCAGAUUAUUCAGCAAGGGUACCAGAUGUUGUGGUAAACAGAGUUACAAUUCAAGAACAUCUAUAUGUUGUGGUGAUAAAGUGUCCUCUCGCAAAAUGCACUGUUGUAAUGGCAAAUCAUUCAAUCCUAAGACACACAUUUGUUGUGAGGGCAUGAUGGUACGAAAGAAAGACAGUGUGCAAGAUAAUGUGUGCUGUGGAAAUUCAACAAUGAAUUUCGAUACGCAUAUCUGCUGCUAUGGCGAAUCAACGAAGCGUAUGCGUGAUCGUGAAUUUAGAUGUUGUGGUCGCAAAGGGUAUGAUUCAGAAUCCCACAUUUGUUGUAAUAAUGCUAUUGUUAAAAGGGAAAAGAAAGGUGAUAACUGGUGUUGUGGAGAAACAAGUAUUGAUACAAAUGAUCAAAUUUGUUGCCUUGGUAGUCCUCAACCCAUACACGGGACAGUUGGCAAUUCAUUUUGUUGCAAACGGAAGAGUUUCAACUAUCGAACACAAAUGUGCUGUUUCGAUGAGGUCGUUGAUAAAAGAACUUUGAACGAUGAUUACUGUUGUGGAAACUCUACAGUCAACACAAAAGAUGAAAUAUGUUGCGAGGGUGUCACAAGAAAGGUUCCAAAUGCAAAAACAGCAUUCUGUUGCAUGGACGAAGCUGCAGAUAUGAAUGAAUAUCUAUGUUGCAAUAAUCGUACGGUUGCUAAACAGGAUGACGGUGACGAAAUUUGUUGCAGUGAUGUUUCGAUAAAUGCUGAUAAAGAAAUAUGCUGUGAUGGAAACCAACAGACGCUGGUAGGUGAUAAGUUUACACAAUGUUGCGGCACUGCAAGUUAUGAUUCACGAAAAAAGAUAUGUUGUGAGGGCCGGAUUGUGACCAAGAGGGGUCCAGAAGAUUCAUGUUGCUGUGGUGACUCAACGAUGAAUCCAAACACAGAAAUUUGCUGUAUGAAUACCGUUCGUAACGCAACCGGAAAUGACGUAAGAUGCUGCAUGGAUGAAAGUUAUGACCAAAGUAAGUUUUUGUGUUGCGAUGGUAAAACUAUUGUAAAGAAACGAAAAUCUUCAGACAACUCUUGUUGUGUCAACAAAACUAUGGAUUCUAGCAAAGAGAUAUGUUGCGAUGGGGUGCCCCAGCCUAAACUAAAUGACGAUUUCUUGUGUUGUGACCAAAGAAGUUACGAUUCAGGUAAAUCUAUCUGUUGUAACAACAUGGUUUUCGGGAAAGUUGAUGAAGAUGAUGAUUGUUGCUGUGGAAACACGACCAUGAAUUCCAUGAAUCACAUUUGCUGUCAUGGUAACAGAAAUAUAAAAUUCAACGAACCAACAUCAUGUUGUGGGAAUACGAGUUUUGGUUUAGAGAGUUAUUUAUGCUGUGCGGAUGAAGUAAGAAGAAAGGUUGCUAAAAAAGAUGACUGUUGUUGUGGAAAGACUACAAUGGAUACUUCAAAGCAGAUUUGUUGUCAAGGCAACCCUCAAAUGAUGGACGAUCCAGACUGGAGAUGCUGCAAAAAGGAAAGCUAUACCCCUAAAUCUCAUAUUUGCUGCAACGAUAAGAUCGUUAAGAAAAACAAAGUGAAUGACAACUGGUGCUGUGGAAAUGAAACUUAUAAUUCUAAUAACCAACUUUGUUGCGAUAUGGAUGUUCAACCGGUUUUUGGCAAUCCAGAUGAAACACGAUGUUGCGGUAAGGAAAGCUAUCAUUUUAACAGCCACCUGUGUUGUGAUAACGUGUUGAUGAAAAAGAACGAUAGUAAUGACAAUUGGUGUUGUGGUAACUUAGCUUAUAACACCCGUAAACACAUUUGCUGUCAAGAUAAAUUUAAACAACCAAAGAGUGGACAAAACACUCAGUGUUGUGGAAAUACUAGUUACGAUGAAGCCAAACAUAUUUGCUGCAACAGAAAACUUUAUGACAGGAAAACAGAAAAUGAUGAUAAUUGCUGUGAAGAUGCUGCUAUCAAUACAAAGACAGAAAUGUGCUGUUUAAAUUUACGCCAGCAGAAAGUUGAUGGACAAUACACAGACUGUUGUGGUAAUAGGACCUACAGUAUCAGAACACAGAUGUGCUGCGAGGGUCUUGAAAUUAGAGAAAAGAGAACUCGUAAUGAUGACAGCUGUUGUGUACAUACAACUAUGAACUCGAAAGAAGAAAUUUGUUGUGUAGAAGGUCCUAAACCAUUAGUUGGUGGACCAAAUCAUACUGACUGCUGCAAUAGCCGGUCAUAUGAUAUGAGAAGCCAUUUAUGUUGUGAAGAAAAAGUUGUUAAAAAACGGAGGAAACAUGAUGACUGGUGUUGUGAUGGUAUUUCAAUGAACUGCUCUAACGAGAUUUGUUGUAAUGGUAAUCCUGAACCUGCUUUCGCACUGCGCAAUACUAGAUGCUGUGAAACAAAAAGUUAUGAUCCAGAUGAACAUAUAUGCUGCCAUGGGACUACGCUUGCGAAGAGAAAUACUCCUGAUGAUAACGCUUGUUGUGGAGAUAAAGCUUUGAAUACAAAAGUUCAAAUUUGUUGUUCAAACCAGCCAAAUUACAGAGUUGGUGGUCACCAUGCGAAGUGUUGUCAUAACAAAAGCUAUGACUCUAGCAAAUUCAUGUGUUGUGAUACACCGAAUGGAAAUUGGGUAGUCGUGAAAAAGAGAAGCCGACGAGAUGACUCAUGCUGUGGUAACACAACUAUCGACACCGAUCGCGAGAUGUGUUGUAAUGGAAGCCCAGGAAUAGGUGGCACUGGAGUGCAGUGCUGUCACGGCGUCGGAUACGACAGUAAGAACUAUAUAUGCUGUAACGAAAAUAUCACACAGAAGACAUCAGGUGAAGAUGAUUGUUGCUGUGGUCUUUUAACAAUGGACAGCAACAAAGAUAUUUGUUGUUUGGAUAACAAGCAACGACGUGUAAGUGGUAUGGACACUAUGUGCUGUUUAGAUAUUUCGUAUGAUCCUAAAACACAUUUAUGCUGUGACGGAAAACAAGUAAUCAAAAAAGAGCAUAUUGAUGAUAACUGUUGCUGUGGGAACCGCUCAAUGAAUAUAAAACAAGACAUAUGCUGUUCCAACACCCCGCAACCUGCUCCUGAUAAACAUAAAUUCAAGUGUUGCACUAACACAAGCUAUAACAUAGAUACACAUAUAUGUUGUUCUGGAAGAGUAAGAAAGAAGAUGGACGACACAGAUGACCUGUGUUGUGGGGAAGAUACAUUUAACACCAGAGAACAUGUUUGUUGCCAAGGGCAGUUCAAAAAACCAAAGAGAACGCAAGAUCCAGAAGACACAAAAUGUUGCAGAAAGGAAAGCUACAACCCUAUCACUCAGAUUUGUUGCUAUGGCGAAGUUGUUGACAAAAACAAUACAAAAGAUAGCAGAUGCUGCGGAGAAAACAGUUUGGCGAAUAGCGACAUUUGUUGUAACGGGGUCCCACAGAGAGGUGGUAGAGCUUAUACAUGCUGUGGGACUAACAGUUAUAACAGACUAACACACAUAUGCUGUAACGGUAAAGUCCGACGAAAGAAAGAUCCAAAAGACAAUGGUUGCUGUGGGGCAGAUUCAACUAUUGAUACGAGUGCGGAACUAUGUUGCGAAGGUGUACCUCAAGUUGUAAAUCCUGAUACCGGAGACUGUUGCGACUCAAAAGGCUAUGAUAAACUAAAGUCAAUUUGCUGCUAUAAUUCUGAGAUACUCAACAAGGAAGAUAAAGAUGACGAUUUAUGCUGUGGAAAUAAAACGUUUAAUCAAGAGAAACAUAUCUGUUGUAAUGAAGUAAAACGGAAUAAGGUAGCAGACGAUGAAACGCUGUGUUGUAAAACCAAAAGUUAUGACCCUACAACUCAUAUAUGCUGCGAUGGAAGUAGACUUAGGGAAAAAAUGGGUCCGGAUGAUGACUGGUGUUGCGGGAAGAAAACUUAUAACAGCGAUAAAGAAAUAUGUUGCAAUAAUGUUCCAAAUGUAAUAUAUGGCGAGGCUACGUUAUGUUGUGGGGAUGUAAGUUACAACGAAAACACACAAAUAUGUUGUAACGGCAAAGUUGUGAUGAAAAAAGCUAACGAAGAUGACAGUUGCUGUGGGAACACUACACUUGAUACUCAAAAUGAAAUCUGUUGUGACGGUUACCCACAAACUGGACAUGUUUUACAACAUGCUUGUUGCGGAAAAAUUAGUUACAAUAAAGAUACAUCGCUGUGUUGUGAACUUAAUAAAACUGUUGUUAAACGAAAAGAAAACGACGAUUGCUGCUGUGGAAACGCCAGUAUGAACAAGAAAGAAGAAAUUUGUUGUUCGGGAAAAGCUGUGAAACGAACCGGAGGCGAAACAACACGGUGUUGCAAUGACAAAUCUUACACUCCUGCGAAAGCAGUAUGCUGUGAUGGAGUUGUGACCCAGAAGACUACCGAUGGCGACAAUUUAUGUUGCGGUAAUACAACAAUCAACUCUGAUAGUCAAAUUUGUUGUAAUCAAAACCCACAACCAAAGAGUGGUGGUAUACUAACUCACUGUUGUGAUGUUUACAGUUUUGAUUCUGCAACUGCUUUGUGUUGCGAUGGAGGUAUUGUUGAAAAACGGAAUUCAGACGAUAAAUGUUGUUGCGGAAAAAAGAAAACAUUCAAUCCUAGGACUGAAAUUUGCUGUGCUGGCAAUCAUCCUAGGAGUCGAAAAGGAGAGAACAGCCAAUGUUGCACUUCUGAAAGUUAUGAUGCUGAUCAGUUCCUUUGCUGCAAUGAAGAGAUUAUAAAGAAAAAGAGCGAUAAUGAUGAGUCAUGUUGUGGUAAUACAACAUAUGAAGCUUCUAAGGAAAUCUGUUGUAGAGGAGAAGUUAAGAAGAGAGUCGGGGGUACCCUCACGGACUGCUGUGGUAAACAUAGCUAUAGCAUUAUCGACGAUAUAUGCUGUUCUGGUAUAAUAUCUAAGAAAACUAACCCAGAGGGUGAUAUUUGUUGUGGAACCAAAUCGAUGGAUGCAAAAAGUCAAUUAUGUUGUGGCGGAACUGUUCAGGCAAAACACGGUUUAUUUGGUAAAUGUUGCGGAAAGAAAAGCUAUGAUACAAAAAUGUCCCUCUGUUGUAACGACAAUGUUGUUGAAAUUGAAAAUGAAGGAGACAAUGGAUGCUGCGGCGAGACAACAUUCAACUAUGCUAAUGGAAUAUGCUGCAUGGGUAUCCCUAAUGCGCUGUACGGUCCAAAGACAUUUUGCUGUCAUAACAAAAGCUACGAUUCAGACAAGUCUGUGUGUUGUGACGGUACUGAUAUUGUGGAAAAGGAUGUAAAGACCGACAAUUGGUGUUGUGGUGGUCUAACAAUGAACACACGUGAGGAAAUAUGCUGUGACGGAGUAAAGCAACCUAAAGUAGGUAAGAACACGCAAUGUUGUCUCAAUGUCAGCUACAAUCCGAGUAAGUCUAUGUGUUGUGGUAAGAAUAUCAUUCUUAAGCGCAGCGAGCAUGCUGAUAUUUGCUGUGGAAACGCUACAGUCGACGUUAGCCGUGAAAUUUGCUGUAAUGGAGAACCAAAUUUACGCACGGAUGAAGAAUAUACGUCUUGUUGUGGAAACCAAAGUUAUUCUAUAAGAAAAGAGUUAUGUUGUAGAGAAGAACAAAACAUAAGAAGCAAAGCCAAGUCUGGAGACAAAGAAUGUUGUGGCGAGAAAGCUACGUUCAAUCCUAAAACACACAUUUGUUGUUCGGGAAAAGUUGUUAAGCGAAUAGCAGAUGAAACAACACGAUGUUGCAAUAAAAAAGCAUACAAUCCUGCGAAAGCAAUAUGCUGUAAUAGAGUUGUUACACGGAAGGUAACCGAUGACGACAAUUUAUGCUGCGGUAAUACAACGUUCAACACUGAUAAUCAAAUCUGUUGUCGUCAUAACCCACAACCAAAGAGUGCGGGAAAAUUCACUUUGUGUUGUGAUAUUCUUAGCUUUGAUUCAGCAGCUUCUUUAUGUUGUAAUAGAAGUGUUGUUGGGAAACGGAACCAUGACGAUACCAAUUGUUGCGGAAAAAAGAAAACUUUCAAUCCUAGGACUGAAAUUUGCUGUGCUGGCAUUCAUCCCAGGGAUCGAAAAGGAGAUAACAGCCAAUGUUGUGGUAUUGAAAGUUAUGAUGCUGAUCAGUUCCUCUGCUGCAAUGAAGAGAUUAUAAAGAAAAACAGCGACAAUGAUGAGUCAUGUUGUGGUAAUACAACAUAUGAAGCUUCUAAGGAAAUCUGUUGUAGAGGAGAAGUUAAGAAGAGAGUCGGAGGUACCCUCACGGACUGCUGUGGUAAACAUAGCUAUAGCAUUAUCGAUGAUAUAUGCUGUUCUGGUAUAAUAUCUAAGAAAACUAACCCAGAGGGUGAUAUUUGUUGUGGAACCAAAUCGAUGGAUGCAAAAAGUCAAUUAUGUUGUGGCGGAACUGUUCAGGCAAAACACGGUUUAUUUGGUAAAUGUUGCGGAAAGAAAAGCUAUGAUACAAAAAUGUCCCUCUGUUGUAACGACAAUGUUGUUGAAAUUGAGAAUGAAGGAGACAAUGGAUGCUGCGGCGAGACAACAUUCAACUAUGCUAAUGGAAUAUGCUGCAUGGGUAUCCCGAAUGCGCUGUACGGUCCAAAGACAUUUUGCUGUCAUAACAAAAGCUACGAUUCAGACAAGUCUGUGUGUUGUGACGGUACUGAUAUUGUGGAAAAGGAUGUAAAGACUGACAAUUGGUGUUGUGGUGGUCUAACAAUGAACACACGUGAGGAAAUAUGCUGUGACGGAGUAAAGCAACCUAAAGUAGGUAAGAACACGCAAUGUUGUCUCAAUGUCAGCUACAAUCCGAGUAAGUCUAUGUGUUGUGGUAAGAAUAUCAUUCUUAAGCGCAGCGAGCAUGCUGAUAUUUGCUGUGGAAACGCUACAGUCGACGUUAGCCGUGAAAUUUGCUGUAAUGGAGAACCAAAUUUACGUACGGAUGAAGAAUAUACGUCUUGUUGUGGAAACCAAAGUUAUUCUAUAAGAAAAGAGUUAUGUUGUAGAGAAGAACAAAACGUAAGAAGCAAAACCAAGUCUGGAGACAAAGAAUGUUGUGGCGAAAAAGCUACGUUCAAUCCUAAAACACACAUUUGUUGUUCGGGAAAAGUUGUUAAGCGAAUAGCAGAUGAAACAACACGAUGUUGCAAUAAAAAAGCAUACAAUCCUGCGAAAGCAAUAUGCUGUGAUAGAGUUGUUACACAGAAGGUAACCGAUGACGACAAUUUAUGCUGCGGUAAUACAACGUUCAACACUGAUAAUCAAAUCUGUUGUCGUCAUAACCCACAACCAAAGAGUGCGGGAAAAUUCACUUUGUGUUGUGAUAUUCAUAGCUUUGAUUCAGCAACUUCUUUAUGUUGUAAUAGAAGUGUUGUUGGGAAACGGAACCUGGGCGAUACCAAUUGUUGCGGAAAAAAGAAAACUUUCAAUCCUAGGACUGAAAUUUGCUGUGCUGGCAUUCAUCCAAGGGAUCGAAAAGGAGAUAACAGCCAAUGUUGUGGUAUUGAAAGUUAUGAUGCUGAUCAGUUCCUCUGCUGCAAUAAAGAGAUUAUAAAGAAAAACAGCGACAAUGAUGAGUCAUGUUGUGGUAAUACAACAUAUGAAGCUUCUAAGGAAAUCUGUUGUAGAGGAGAAGUUAAGAAGAGAGUCGGAGGUACCCUCACGGACUGCUGUGGUAAACAUAGCUAUAGCAUUAUCGACGAUAUAUGCUGUUCUGGUAUAAUAUCUAAGAAAACUAACCCAGAGGGUGAUAUUUGUUGUGGAACCAAAUCGAUGGAUGCAAAAAGGCAAUUAUGUUGUGGUGGAACUGUUCAGGCAAAACACGGUUUAUUUGGUAAAUGUUGCGGGAUGAAAAGCUAUGAUACAAAAGUGUCGCUCUGUUGUAACGGCAAUGUUGUUGAAAUGGAGAAUGAAGGAGACAAUGGAUGCUGCGGUGAGACAACAUUCAACUAUACUAAUGAAAUAUGCUGCAUGGGUAUCCCUAAUGCACUGUACGGUUCGAAGACAUUUUGCUGUCAUAACAAAAGCUACGAUUCAGACAAGUCCGUGUGUUGUGACGGUACUGAUAUUGUGGAAAAGGAUGUAAAGACUGACAACUGGUGUUGUGGUGGACUGACAAUGAACACACGUGAGGAAAUAUGUUGUGACGGAAUAAAGCAACCUAAAGUUGGCAAGAACACGCAAUGCUGUCUAAACGUCAGCUACAAUCCGAGUACGUCUUUGUGUUGUGGUAACAAUGUCUUUCCUAAGCUUAAUGAUGAUGCUGAUAUUUGCUGUGGAAAUGCUUCAGUCGACGUUAGCCGUGACAUUUGCUGUAAUGGAGUAUCGAAUACUCGUAUAGAUGACGAGUAUACAUCUUGUUGCGGAAACCAAAGUUACUCAAUAAGGAAAGAGGUAUGUUGUAAAGAUGAAAAACAUAUAAGAAAGAAAACUACGUCAGGGGAUCAAGUAUGUUGCGGCGUUAAGGAUACAGUUGAUCCUAACAAAGAAAUAUGUUGUGAUGGUAAAGUGAUCGAUGUCGGUGGUAUAAUAAAUGCAGGAUGUUGCUUGGGACAAGGAUUUAAUCUAGAUACACACAUGUGUUGUGAUGAUACAGUUGUUGGGAAAAGUAGUAAUGAGGACAACUGGUGCUGUGGACAUACACCUUAUAAUACAAAUACCCAUAAGUGUUGCAAUGGUAAGAUAGAUUCAAAACAAAGUGGUAAUAGAACGUUAUGUUGCUUAGGUGAUAGUUAUAACUCACAAACUCAUCUAUGCUGCAAUGAUGUUGUUACAAAAAAGAAAAACAUAACAGAUAAUAUGUGUUGUAACAACAAAACUUACGAUACUGAAAUCGAGGUGUGCUGUCAAGGCACUGUUCCACAACCAAAGAAAGGCGGGAGACGAACACAGUGCUGCUUUGAAAACAGUUACAACCCAAUUUCUCAAAUGUGUUGCAAUGGAAAGGUAGUAGAGAAAACUAAUACUGAUGACGAUUGCUGUUGUAGUAAUGAAUCUAUGAAUUCACAGUCUGAUAUCUGUUGCCUUGGUCAUAAACAGGAAAGAAUAGGUGGGGAAUAUACAACUUGCUGUGAAAGGAGAAGUUACGAUACUCGUUCUCAAAUGUGUUGCGAAAGACAAGUCCGAAAUAAAAAUCACGACAAUGAUGAUACAUGUUGCGGCGGGUCAUCGACUGUAAAUUCUAGAACCGGACUUUGCUGCGAUGGUGUUUCGCAAAAACUUGUUGGUGAUGAAUACACUAGUUGUUGUGCAAAGAACGCAUUUGACACAAGAUCGCAGAUGUGUUGUGACAAGAAAGUCAUUGAUAAGAGGGACAGUAGGGACAGCUGUUGUUGUGGGAAUACCACAUUUAAUUCUGAUAAAGAAAUAUGCUGCUAUGGAUUUCCAAGCGUAGCAAAGGGUGGAAGGUUUGCCAGAUGCUGUUUUGAUAAAAGUUAUGACUUGCAGACUGAAAUUUGUUGUGAUUCUGGAAUUGUUCGAACUAAAGAACUCUUAGAUGAUAAAUUGUGUUGUGGCAAUUUAACGUUUAACACGAAAUCGGCAAUAUGUUGUAAUGAUGUACCAAACAGCAGAGUGGGCGGACGGGCGACCAAGUGUUGCGGAACUGAAAGUUAUAAUUCCAACACGCAUUCUUGUUGCGAAAUGCAAAUUGUUAAAAAGCGAAACGAGAACGAUAACAUCUGUUGUGGAAAGAAUACGAUCAGCAUGAAGAAUGAAGUAUGCUGUGAAGGAAAUCCACAACCAAAAUAUAAUGGUUCCACCACUUGCUGUAGAAAUGUGAGUUUCAGUGUGAACAAAUAUCUAUGUUGCUCAGGUGUUGUAGUAGAAAAGAGACAUAGACAUGAUGAUAGCUGUUGUGGAGGUAUCACAUAUAAUGCAAAGACUGUGAUAUGUUGCACGGAUGUUCCUCAGCCUAUAAAGGCAAAGGAUCGAACGCGAUGUUGCAACAAGGCAAGUUACAAUUCAGAAGACUACAUGUGUUGUGAAGAUACUGUUGUUCAAAAGAAACAACGACAAGAUGACUGGUGUUGUGGUAAGUCUUCAUACAAUACUCAGACAGAGUACUGCUGUCAUGGAUCAGUUGUUCAGCGGUACUACGGAGAAAAUACACGCUGCUGCGGUAAUACCUCCUACGAUGCUGAUUCGCUUAUAUGCUGUGACACCGGUCUUCAAUACAAAACAAAGGAGUCUGAUGACUGGUGUUGUGGUGAUGUACCGUACGAUACAAAAGCAGAAAUAUGCUGCGAAGGUUCGUUUCCGAAACAGGCUAUAGCCGGACCUGCAACUCGAUUUUGUGGCCGCGAGAGUUACGACCCUCGCAAAGAAAUGUUUGUGAGGGUGAAAAAUUGUCCGAAAAAGGUUAACAGAUGUGUCUAA